UUAUCCCUAUAUUCCAAUUCUUCCUGCACAGCUAUUGGAAGUUCUCAGCUCACCAACACCUUUCAUAAUUGGCGUACAUUCUGUCUUUUGCAAUGACAUUCAUGAGCUUUUAGAUGUAAUCAUAGCAGACCUGGAUGGAGGCACAAUUAAAAUUCCUGAAUGUAUUCAUCUUUCUCAGCUGCCAGAGCCACUGCUACAUCAGACUCAAAUGGCACUUUCUCUGGUUUUGCAUCCUGAUUUGGAAACAGCAGAUUAUGCAUUCCCUCCCCCACGAACAGCUUUAUCACACUCAAAAAUGCUGGACAAAGAAGUGCGAGCAAUCUUUCUUAGGCUAUUUGCACAGCUUUUCCAAGGAUACCGGUCAUGUCUUCAGCUGAUCAGAAUCCAUGCUGAACCAGUAAUUCAUUUCCAUAAGGCAGCCUUCUUGGGCAAACGAGGCUUAAUUGAGAAUGACUUUCUAACCAAAGUGCUCAAUGGAAUGGCAUUUGCUGGUUUUGUGUCAGAGAGGGGUCCUCCUUUCAGAGCCUGUGAUCUUUUUGAUGAGUUGGUAGCCUUUGAAGUUGAAAGAAUUAAAGCCGAGGAGGGUAAUCCACCAAAAAUGAUAAAGCAUGUCAGAGAACUUGCAGAACAGCUCUUCAAAAAUGAGAAUCCCAAUCCCCACAUAGCAUUCCAGAAAGUGCCACGGCCCACGGAGGGCUCCCACUUGCGGGUUCACAUCCUUCCUUUCCCCCGGAUCAAUGAGUGCCGGGUGCAGGAGCUCCUCCAGGAAGGCCUCGCAAGGAGUCAGGGUGCCCCCCCUGCCACCCGGGGGGACAAGAAGUGUGUCGUUCCAGCGGGUCCUCCUGUUG